CUGGAUAGCUUAAAAUUGAAUUGAACAAUUGGGGGUUAGGUUUGUGCCUUAUCUAUCAUCAUCCAUGGCGGCUUCUUUCACAAUUCCGCUGGGGAUUGGCUUCUUCUCUACCACGAAGAAUGCCUCGCCUUCAUGUUUUGUGAAGAGGAAGGGUGCCUUGAGAAUCAAUGCGAUUGCAAACAGAGUUGAACCUUCGAAGGUUGUGCCGCAGGCAGACAAGGUUUUGAUUCGUGUAGAGCCUCUGCCAGAGAAAUCGGCCGGGGGAGUUUUGCUUCCGAAGUCUGCAGUUAAAUUUGAGCGCUACCUUAUGGGCGAGGUUCUUACCAUCGGAGCGGAUGUUGGGGAAGUGGAGGCCGGGAAGAAGGUUCUUUUCUCGGACAUCAAUGCAUACGAGGUUGAUUUGGGUACGAACGAGAGGCAUUGUUUCUGCAAAGCCGGCGACUUGUUGGCCGUGGUUGAGUAGCCGGCGAUAUCGGUAAUCAUUUUUUUACGAUCAAUGGUGGUUAAAAAUGUAUUUUGUUCUUGAUAUUUGUUGAUCGAGCUUGGAUUAUUGUGUUGCUCGAAUACAAUCGAGUAGUUGAAUUCAUUUUCAAUAAGUUAAAUAUGAGACCAUUUGGUUUAAA